ACUGAACUCUCACACACUGUUAUCUCCCUGUGUGUGAUCGUGGCUGUGAGAAAUGGCGGAAUCUUCGACCCAAAGAGAGGAUUCUUUCACUUGUUCAGUUUGUCUGGAUCUAAUGAAGGAUCCGGUUGCCGUUCCAUGUGGACACACUUAUUGUCUGGGCUGUAUUAAAGGUUGCUGGGAUCAGGAAGAUGGUAAAGGCAUCUACAGCUGCCCCCAGUGCAGACAGACAUUUAGGCCAAGACCUGUUCUCAGUAGAAACAUUCUGAUUGCUGAAAUGGUGGAGGAAUUUAGGAAGACCAGAAUCCAAACUGAUGUUCCUGUUUCAUGUCCUGCUGGACCUGGAGAUGUGGAGUGUGACGUCUGCACUGGGAGAAAACUCAAAGCUGUGAAGUCCUGUCUGGAUUGUCUGUUGUCUUACUGUGAAACUCACUUUGGAGUUCACAAUGAUGUCAACCCCGGAAGAAAACACUCAGUGAUUGACGCCACAGGCCAGCUACAGGAGAGAAUCUGCUCUCAUCAUAAGAAGGUUUUUGAAAUAUUUUGUCGAACGGAUCAGAGUUGUAUCUGCUAUCUGUGCACGAUGGACGAACAUAAAGGCCAUGACACAGUCACUGCUGCAGCAGAACGGACAGACAAA